AUGCAGUGCUUUGGAAUAUUAGUAAAAACUGGGCUCGCGGAUCUUCGUUGUGGGCAUGAUCUCAUUGAGUCCACGAGUCCACGAGUCCACGGUUCCACGGGUGAUGGCCAGUUCCCGCGCAAUAGGUAUCAGGAUGGGCAAUUAAGACUACCAUUGAGACUUGUAAACAAGGGCCGUUUCCUCAAUUCAAAUGCUAUUAAGUCAGAGGCUUUACAAGUGAUCGAGUUCUCUACUAUCCAGGUGCUAGGUGCUGCUAAUGAGGGUGAAGAGCGUGAAGAUUUGGCGAACAACAUGUCUCCAUAG